AUGAUUGGAUGUCGGACACGUCCCCGCCAAUCACCCCUGGCCAUCGACUCGUCAACCAAUAACAUGAGUGUUGUCGAUAAAGGACAAAGGAACGGAUUGCCAAAUCGAUUUCUGAAGUCCGAUCAGUCGAAGAAUGUGCCUGAUCAGCAGCUUUGCAAUGCAAAAAGCGAAUGUGGCCAGACAUUCCAAGUCAUACAGGAUAUGGGAGAUGGCAAACAUAGGCAGUUUUACUUACAACUUCCUCCUGGUACUUCAAUCGCUGACGUACAGACCUAA